AUGGACCAUGAGGAACCUGCACUUGAUUUAUCCGACGUCGUGCACGACCAUACCAUCGACGACGACGACGCUGCCACAAAUUCCGAUAACAAUGACCAGACCCAGGACAGCACGCCAAAUGCCAUCUUGUCGCCUCUGCAGAAGCCCAGUAGCCACUUACCUAUUUCUGCCUCCUCUGAGCCCUUCUCCGUCGAAAUACUCGAGCGCGAAAUUGCCACUUUGCUCAACCAGAAUGCUUCUGCUGCAUCCGCGGCUUUGCUCAGUGCUGCCGCUCAGCAACAUCAAGCCAACCUGGGACAAUCUCGAGAUGGAGAAGGUGACGGUGGGAAUGACAAUCUCACUGGCUUGGCUAGCAUAGAUCUCAGCGGAUUAGCAGCUGUUCUAAACGCAGCACAUGCUCAAGCCGCGGAGAAUGAACGUGCAGCUCAGGAACUGGCUGCGAAAGAUCCAGAAUUCGCUCGACAGCGAGCUGCCGCAUUGGCUGAGAAGGGACAGAAGAACACACGAACAGCACCUGCCUUUCAUUCGCUGACUGCCGGGGAGUCCUCCGAGAGUCCUCAUAAAUCCUCCAGGCGGGGGGAACGCGGUAGCCAGCCACCAGACACCGACUAUCUCUAUUCCGAUGGCCAUAGCGACAGUGACGCUGACAGGCCUAGCCACCCUAUCCCUCCUUCUCGACCUGACAAUGAUCCCCCGACCUAUCGGGUCAAUACGAUCCCCGAAAUCGAACAUCGCAAUGCUCACGGUCCGUCUUCGCCUGAUUCAUCGCCUGUCGUCUCACAUGCCCGACCCACAACGGAUCCUCAGCCUCGCCCUCCAACUCCCCCGCCCGUUCUAACGCAGGUGAAUCGAACCGUCGUCUCGCAACCUGUUGCAUCCACCUCUGCUGUCACAUUAUCUAAUGGCAGCAAUAAGAAGGGCAAGAAGACUGAAAAAGAGAAAGGGCCCAAUCACAUGUAUCCUUGCGACCAUGAAAACUGCAAUAAAUCCUUCACACGGCGUAGUGACCUUGCUAGGCAUACACGGAUACAUACUGGGGAACGACCAUUCGUUUGCGACUAUACCAACUGUGGCAAAACAUUCAUUCAGCGUUCAGCUUUACAUGUCCAUUCUCGGGUGCACACUGGAGAAAAACCGCACUGCUGUGAAUAUCCGGCCUGCGGCAAGACCUUUAGCGAUUCGAGUAGCCUAGCCCGCCAUCGGAGAACUCAUACUGGCAAGCGCCCAUACAAAUGCGAAGAUCCCAACUGCGAGAAAACAUUUACGCGGCGAACGACUCUAAACCAGCAUAUGCGUACUCAUGAUCCAAAUUGGACGCCAGAUCCCAACGUGAAGUACAACUUUAAGUCGAAGAGACGAAGGGUGGAAGACAGCAGUGAUGACGAUCAAGCACUCGCAGAAUCAGUACGCACGAUAUCUGCCCUGUUUCAUGCUGGCGGUGCCGCCUUGGCCGCCCCUCCGCCACAAACAGGACCCGAGGAGGCGCUGGAAGUACGAGUCGCAAGUAUCAGUGCCGAAAUAGCAGCUGCCAUUGCGCAAGCUCAGUCUCGUGGUUAUGAAGAAGAGGAAGAAGAGGAAGACGAGCUGGAAGAUGAUUCUGGUGAUGAACUAGAACGACGUGAUACAAUCGGGCCCAAUACGAGUGGGAUCAGGGGAUUGGGCGAUGGGGAAGACCGGACUGCAUUGGAGGAUAGCACAGAUAGGGAAGAUGACGACAGCGACGCGUUCCCGGCACCUCUGCGAACGCGACGGGGCAAGGAUACUGUCGCAACAGGAGAGAAGAGGAAAAGGUAG